GUCAAGAGAACUCAGGAUUUGGAGAAAAGUGUUAUAUCAAGAGAAAAUCACAUAAACUUAAAAGAAAUUAUAUUUGUCAUCCAGAGUCAAAGCAAUUCUUUUCAUGCAAAGAGAGCAGAGCAAUUGAAAAAAAGAAUUUUAAAGCAGGCUGCAAAUCUUACACAGGAACUCCCCAGAGUCCUCCUCCUUCAUCAGUUGGCUAAGCAGGAAGGUGCAUGGACCAUCCUUCCGUUGUUACCACAUUUUUCUGUAUCAUAUAGCAGAAAUUCAUCAUGGAUUUUCUUCUGUGAAGAAGAGACAAGAAUACAAAUUCCAAAACUCUUAGAAGCACUCAGACGAUAUGACGCAUCUAAGGAGUGGUUUUUAGGAAAAGCAUUGCAUGAUGAAGAAUCUACAAUAAUUCACCAUUAUGCCUUUUCUGAAAAUCCUACGGUUUUUAAAUAUCCAGAUUUUGCUGCUGGCUGGGCCCUUAGUAUUCCACUUGUUAACAAGCUCACCAAGAGAUUAAAGAGCGAAUCCCUGAAAUCUGACUUUACGAUAGAUUUAAAACAUGAGAUUGCCCUCUACAUCUGGGACAAAGGUGGAGGACCUCCCCUUACCCCUGUGCCCGAGUUUUGUACAGAAAUUAUGGACUCACACUGUGCUACCACAUUCCAUUCUUUUCUGCCACUUUGUGGAAAACCAGUGAAGAAGGAGGAUAUUUUUGUUGCAGUAAAAACAUGCAAGAAAUUUCAUGGUGAUAGACUACCCAUUGUAAAGCAGACUUGGGAGGGACAGGCAAGUCUAGUCGAGUACUACAGCGACUAUGCAGACAGCGCCAUCCCUACUGUGGAUUUGGGGAUUCCUAAUACAGAUAGAGGUCAUUGUGGAAAAACAUUUGCCAUUUUGGAAAGAUUUUUGAAUCAUAGCCAUGACAAAAUAGCAUGGCUAGUCAUUGUGGAUGAUGAUACACUAAUAAGCAUCUCCAGGCUGCAGCACUUGCUUAGCUGCUACAACUCCAGUGAACCAGUGUUUCUGGGAGAACGCUACGGCUAUGGGCUGGGCACUGGUGGUUAUAGCUAUGUCACAGGAGGAGGAGGGUUGAGGCGACCAUGGAUGGCAACCCGAAGCAUGGUCUUCAGCAGAGAAGCCAUUAGGAGACUUCUCGCCAGUAAGUGUCGAUGCUACAGCAACGAUGCACCUGACGACAUGGUCCUGGGCAUGUGCUUCAGUGGCUUGGGAAUCCCUGUGACACACAGUCCCCUCUUCCAUCAGGCCCGGCCAGUGGAUUACCCUAAAGACUACCUUUCUCAUCAAGUUCCCAUAUCAUUCCACAAACACUGGAACAUCGAUCCAGUGAAGGUGUAUUUCACGUGGUUGGCACCCAGGAAGGAAGACAAAGCUUCACAGCAUAUACAAGACGGUGUUAGGGAAGAGUUGUAAGGCAUGGUGCCCUAUGGGCAGUUUGGGGAAGGUGCUGAUGUGGAAACUUGGCCUCCUCUCACUGUGAUGUCCACUUACACUGCUUGUAGAUUCCACAUGGCCUCAGACACUUCCUGACUUCAAGUGGAAAUAAUGUAAAUGGCAUUUUUGAUGUGGAAAGAAAAGGAAUCAGAGGGUAAAAUAAUUUUUUUUUCUGGGAAAAAUUACUUGCUUUUGACUUACACAGUUAAUGUAAUACAGUGAUUACUGUACAUUUUUCAAGCUGUGUGAUACAGCAGCUUUAUUACUGUCACAGGAAAAUAAAUGGUACCAGAAGUUCCAUUUCUCUUCUCUCCCUUCAUUAUGGUGAGUUUCAUUUGGGCAUAAACUAGAGAUGUGACUGUUGUCCCUAGAUAAAGAAGAGUGAAUGUCUAUUGUCAUGGAUUUUGCCGAGCAUGAACUUUUAAACCAUAUUAUUGAUGGUGAAAUUUGGUUCCUGGGAACUCAGUAGGAAGGGUUGAGUUGAGGAUCAUUCAUAAAACAUCAUAAAAGUCUAACUUUGAAAUCCCCUGUAGUUUACAUACUCAUGGUUGUUACAUUUCAUUCUUUUGCUGUUUGCACCUCAUAACAAGAACAAGAGGUCUGCUGGAGCUUCCUCUUUGUUCUGAAAUUCAUCUGGAUGCCAUUUCUCCCUGAAACUCCAUCUUUAUGGCCACUGACAAGGGUACUGGAUGCUGCCAGAUAGCAGUGAUCAGUCUUGAAAAACAGUGUUGAUGUGUUUCACUCAACUCAGCAAGCUCCAUGUGAAUCUCAGAAAGUCAGUUGUAUUUGAACAUGGUGUUGUACUUUUAUCUUUCUUUGAAUGUUACUUAAUGACUCUUCUGGCUCAUAACAGAUAGCCCCAACCUUAAUGAUGAAACCCUUGUAGAAGGAUGCUCGAUGAUCGUGCAGUUCCUCUGGCUUUUUAAAGAAUGACAUUUGAACAUCGAAUUUUGAACUUUCAAAUCAUGUCUUUAAUAUAUAAUAAUUUAACACAUUCAUGUUAAUGUAUAAAAAUUACUCUAUUUUAAUGCUUUAUAUAAUUCAGUUUUGUAAAGGUAUUUGUGUAAGAUUUGAUUUUAAUAUGCAGUAAACUAAUUUUGGUAUAGUAAAAUACUUUCUUCUCUCCCUCUUUUUUAAAACUAAGCACUACUGUUCAUUUACUUUGCUUAUAACGCUUUUUGUACCUAAGCACAGGGUAUUAAGCCAUACCACCAAAAGUACCUGUGUGUAUAUUGUUUUUUAACAAUAUAUUUUCCAUGUAGCUUAGACCUGACUCAUGCAAAAUGAUGCAAUAAUAUUUUUCCAUAAUAUCAAGUACUAGGAUGAGUGUGUUUCAUCCUGGUACAA